AUGUCUCAACAGCUAAAGAAAUGUAUCAUUCAUGGUAGCAGUCUCAUGUCAUUGGCCGCAAAUGACGACAGCGAGUUGUCAUCAAAAGAACCGGGCUUUUUACGUGUGAUCUUCCCAGUGAACAACCCCAUUCCAUCCAACCUUAAAUCGGAGGCAAAGAAGGCGGCCAAAAUCCUGAGGGAGUUUACCGAAAUUUCCAACAGAAGUGGCCCGGACAAACUCAUCCCAGCACAUGUCAUUGCCAAGGCGGAGGGACUGGCCAUUCUGUCUGUGAUUAAGGCUGGUUUCAUGAUCACGGCACGAGGGGGCAGUGGAAUCGUGAUCGGACGCCUGCCUGAUGGAAGGUGGUCUGCUCCAAGUGCGAUUGGUCUGGCCGGCCUUGGUGGUGGAUUUGAAAUUGGUUUGGAGGCCUCAGACUUUGUGAUCAUCCUUAACCAGAGACGGGCUGUAGAUGCAUUCAGCAAAGGGGGAAACCUGACUUUUGGGGGAAAUUGCACGGUGGCCGUCGGGCCGCUCGGCAGGAAUUUGGAAGCCGACGUCGCAUUCCGCAGUACAGCUGCCGUCUUCUCUUACUGCAAGUCACGCGGCCUUUACGCUGGUGUGUCACUGGUAGGCUCUUACCUGGUGGAACGCAAAGAAACCAACAGAAAAUUUUAUUCUCGUGACAUCCGUGCUUCUGCUAUACUGAACGGAGAUGUGGAGCCUCCACCCGAAGCCUACGACCUCUACACCAUUCUGGACGACUACACGGAGAAGUACACCACCGACUGGCAAAAUAAGUACUUAAGACCAUCCAGCAAGAUGAGCAUGGCUCCGGCCCGACCCCCGGCCCCUGACAGACGACCCCAGAAACCGGCUUCCACUGCCAGGUCAAAGGCAGAUUCGAAGCCUGCUCUGUACCCCAGUCUGUCCACCUACCGGUCUGACAGCUCAGCCGGAGCCUCGGGUGGAUCUCUUGUCGUCACGGCGAUGCACCCUUUCGCCGGCCAGCAGCCCGGCGACUUGAGCUUCGCCGCGGGAGACAAGAUCACGGUGCUGACCAAGACCGACUCCCAGUACGACUGGUGGGAGGGCGAGCUGCGGGGCCAGGUGGGCAUCUUUCCCGCCAACUUCGUCUCCUUCGACUGAAGACACGCCCCAAGCGCUACGCUCACGCGGGGGGGGGGGCCGUGACGAUCGUAUGCCCUCAGCUUCGUCCUUUUGCAUGACACUGGUGUGGGAUUUCUCUUUCUGCUGAAGCACUUUUGAUUGAAUUCACUCGAAAAUCUCACCUAACAAAGAGCUUGUCGUGAUUUGA